AUGACUCAAAAAAAUAUGGAAGAUUCCAUGCAAAAGAGAGUUUCAACUAUUCUUGAGAAUCUGAUGAACCACCCAGUAACACGGCCUUUUCAUAUACCUGUGCCUACUGGUGAAGAUGCACCAGCAAAUUACUUCGAAAUCAUCAAAAAUCCGAUCGACCUCGGAACAAUCAAACAGAAAGUCGAAGAUAAGAAAUAUUCAUCAUUUAAAGAAUUUUUCACUGAUGUUGAGCUCGUUUGGAAGAACGCAGAGACUUAUAAUGAGCCAGGAUCUCCAAUUUCUGUAUUGGCUUCAGAGAGUCGUCGCAUAUUCUUAUCAUUAUGCCGAAAGGACAAUCUUUUUACACUUAGUUCUUGGUGUAAUGAAACUUAUUCUUUGAAGAAGAAGUUAUCUGAUGUUAUUCAAUCAGCACCGAACAAAAUCAAGCAGCAUCUUAACAACCAGCUAAAUCAAAAGCAAAACAAGCAAAAUAAUACACUAUUUACUGAAAAUGAAAUGGUCAAUUUUAUUAAAGCUUAUCAAAUGCUACCAAAUGAAGAAUGUCAGAGAGAUAUGAUAAAGAUUAUCAAUGAACACCAGCCAGAGAUAGAUACAGGACUCCAAACUUUAGAUGUCGAUAUUACAAACUUUUCUUUACCUACAAUGCACGCACUUCGUGAUUACAUGAAGUCUACUUUAGAACACUCUGGUUUGAAGUAUCCAGAGUGA